AUGCCACGAUCAACACGGAACUCGCGCGCGGCAGAGGCGGCGGUGGUCGAGCCGGCAGCUCCGUCCGAAGGCGGCAGCAUCGCCUCCCGGGAACGCUCCGGGACACCCAUCGACCACACGCAAGAGCUCAUGAGGAGAGCGCAAGAGGCCGACGAGAACGUCUUUCUCUUUGUGCCCAACCUGAUCGGCUAUGCCCGCGUCGUCCUCGCCGCCCUCUCGCUCUACUACAUGAAGGGGAACCCCAAAGUGUGCACCCUCCUCUACGGAGUGUCGUGCCUGCUCGACGCCUUUGACGGCAUGGCGGCGAGGGCGCUGGGCCAGAGCACCAAGUUCGGCGCCGUCCUGGACAUGGUCACCGAUCGCUGCACCACCGCGUGCCUCCUCUGCUUCCUCACCGCCGCCUACCCUCGCUGCGCCGUCAUCUUCCAGGGCCUCAUCACCCUCGACUUCAGCAGCCACUACAUCCACAUGUACAGCUCGCUGCUGACCGGCUCGGCCUCUCACAAGAUCGUCACCUCGGACGUGUCCAAGAUCCUGUGGUACUAUUACAACGACAGCCGCACGCUGUUCAUGUUCUGCGCGGGCAACGAGCUCUUCUUCGUCUGCCUGUACCUCAUGGACUUCUACAAGCGGCCUCUGGGUCUCGAGAUUGAGCCGCUCCUCUUUCUCGUUCCCAGCAGCCUCAAGGGGACGUGGCUGCUCCAGUUCAUCAUCAACGAGACUCCCAAGCUGAGCUGGCCUCAGAUCGUGGGGGCCAUCACUUUCCCGAUCUGCGCCGCCAAGCAGGUCAUCAACUGCGUCCAGUUCUGGAAGGCCGCAAAGGUCCUCGUUGGUAAGGACCUCGAGGAGCGGGCAAAGAGCCGCGAGAAGGCGGCCUGA